GUGAGUGUGCUGCAUUGUGUGGACCUGCAGCAGCAUCAUCAGCAGCUCGCUCUGCUGCUGCUGCUGAUGCUGCUGACUCAACUAACUCAGCCGGAUUCAUCCAAAUGACGCUGGAUGGAUUCGUCCCUACCCUGCUGUAAAAAAAAAAAAAAAACAUGUAGGUCAGUGCAGCCUCCGCUUCAGAGCCUAUAACGUCGGUUUCUUUAGAUGUCAUCCCUCCCAAUCCCCCUUGACAGGCAUGCGCCAUCUCCAUCCCGAUUGUUGGGCGAAAAAGUGGGCAGUUCAGGAUUUCAUAUCUGGCGUCACUUUCUCCCAACUCCCUCCUUUCUCUUUCCCCGAGCCUCCGAGUGUGAGGGUGCGACAGCAGCUUCCCCUCUACCUGUGCAGAGCAUCCAGAGACAGGGCAGGACAGGACAGGACAGGACAGGACAGGACAGGACAGUCGCACUGCAGCAAGCUGAGAGGAGCUGACGGAAAAUACUCGUUAAGAAGUCUGUCCAUCCUGCAUCAGCUGAAAUGCUGCCGAGAAGAACCCGACAAAUACUUACACUCCUUUGUGCAGUGUGCCACCUCACUCUGACCUUUCCCACUCAAAUCCCAACUGCAAGUGAUGAGGUGCAGCGGCUGCGGGUGAAAAUCCCCCACUCAGGUGGGGUUUCCGCGACGCUGGGCAGCUCCAUCUUCCUCCCCUGCUUUGUGUCUCUGUCCUCCACACCCCCGUCCACCCCCUCCUCUGCCUCCCCCACUGCGCCGAGGAUUAAGUGGACGGUGGUGUCCGGCGGGGUGGAGACGCAGAUCUUGGUGGUGCGGGGUUCCAGGGUGAAGGUCAACGAGGCGUACCGAGACCGCGCCGCGCUGCUCAACUACACCUCCUCCCCUGACGACCUGUCUCUGUGGUUGGGAGAUUUGCGCUCCAAUGACUCGGGUCACUAUCGCUGUGAGGUGCAGCAGGGCCUGGAGGACGCCAGCGACCUCAUACAGCUCAAAGUUAAAGGCGUUGUGUUCCACUACAGAGAUGCUUUGGGCCGAUAUGCCUUUUCCUUUCAUCAGGCCCAGAGGGCUUGCGAGGCCAUCGGGGCUCAGAUCGCCACCCCUGACCAGUUGCUGGCAGCUUAUUAUGAUGGAUACGAACAGUGUGACGCAGGCUGGCUGGCAGACCAGUCCGUCAGGUAUCCAAUCCAAGUGCCCCGUGAAGGUUGCUACGGAGACAUGAACGGGCAACCAGGAGUGAGAAACUACGGGACAAUGAACGGAGAUCAACUAUUUGAUGUUUAUUGUUAUGUAGAACAAAUUGAUGGGGAGGUGUUCCACAGCACCGUCCCUCAGCUGUUGUCAUUUGACGAAGCGCAGUCAUACUGCAGAGCUGCGGGGGGAGAGCUCGCUACAACAGCACAGUUGUACUUGGCGUGGAGUGAAGGACUCGACCGGUGCAGUCCCGGCUGGUUGUCUGAUGGCAGUGUGCGUUACCCCAUCAUAACCCCUAGAGAGCGCUGUGGAGGGCCUCAGGCAGGCGUCAAAACCGUCUACCGCUUCAGCAACCAGACUGGUUUCCCAGAGGCAUCCAGCCUUCAUGACGUUUAUUGCUUCAGAGAAAACAGAAAUAUGUCCACUGACUCACCGAUGGACUACAUGGCCACAGAGUCUGAAGACAUUGGACAUGAUAUCGUUAUCCUGAUGGACAAAGAUCAAGAACUUCAGCUGAACCAACAAGUAGAACAAGUGGAGCGUGAGGCACAAAGUGUACUUGAAUCUUUGCCCUAUUUUACUGGCCUUUUUACCGAGGAGACCCUGGUCGACACGCAUCCAACGGUUAUAUCAGACACAACAGAGUCCCCCUUAAGCCCCACGUCUACUCUGGAGGUUCUCGAGCCCUUUGACAAUACUCCAUCUCCCACAGAAAUGAGCUACAACUCCCAGCCUCCCACAGCACUGACGGACAGUACCAUUAGCAGCACAGAAACCUACAGUCCACCACAAAACACAUCAUUUCUUCAGAGUGUUAACAAUGUGACUGAUUCCCACCAGAACCUGAGCUUUACUUUCCAAUCUGAGCUUGAACCAACCACAUACGAGCCUCACACAGAGAACCAGACGGUGCCAGACUCAAACCUUGACGAGGACUCUCAGCCAUCUGAGACUCCAAAACCGCCCAAAGAGCCUGAACUGAAUUUUGACAGAUCGCAAGCCAGUUACAAUGAGACAGACAGCAGCAACCGAACUCAAGAGGAGACUUUGUGGGAAGUGACACGUGAUCCAGUGAUUCAGACGACUCUGGAGGAGGCAGCAGCAGAAGAUAAGUCGCAGAUGUUGCUCACAACUCAGGCCUCAACGGAAGAAGAGGAAGGAACUCUUCUCACACAGCCAACGCAAAGUACCAGACCAACCAUCGAGGUGCUGACCUCCAUGUUUGCACAAAUAGAUGGGUCUGGAGAUGUUUCUGAAGAGAGCAGCCUGGACAUGGAGGCAGUUAGCUUCUUCUCCACGUCAGCUUCUUCCACUUCAGGUUUCACCACUCACCUGACUCCUUCUGCUUUGGCUAGCGGCGCUCCACAUCCAACCCUCCCGUCUGGGUCUCGUCAUUUUGACAAACUGGGCAUGGAAACCGUCUCCACUUCACCGCAGCUGUGGGAGACUACCGUUUCUAGACAGGAGGGAAGCACAAGCUUAGAAAUUGAAGACACACUCGUCACGGAAAGUGAAGAAAAAGAGCUGCGCUCAACAAAGUCUGAUCAGCUGAUUUCCGGAGUAAGUUCAGCUACCACUGAGUCUCCAGAAUACUCGAACACCUCUCACUUACCUAACGCUUCCUCCACCACCACCACCACAGAGUAUCACACGUCAAAUUACAGAGUGUAUUUGGAUACUGUGACCAGUUCUCAUGAAGAGGGAAGUGGACAAGAACCUACCACUUUUAAAGAAGAUGCUGAAGUUUCUCCAACUCUUGAAGACGAAUUUAAGUUUCCCCCAACUCUCGAAGAGGAAGGCAACGGCUCCUUUUCACUGGAAAACGGAGUAGAAUUAGCCCCAACCCUCAUCCUCCCAGAAGAAGCAAACGUUUCUUCAACCUUUGAAAAGGAGGCUCGUAUUCCCCCAAUCCUUGUCCAUGAGAAAGAAGCAAACAUUUCCUCAAAACUGGAAGAGGAAGCGGAUGUUCCCCCAACUCUUGUCUACACAGACACAAUGGACGUUACGUCUACCUAUGAUGGAGAAGCCAGCAUUUCCACCAUGUUUGAUGAGGAAGCCAACACCACCUCAAAGCUUGAGGAUGACGUUAACGCUCCCCCAACUCUUGUCGAUGCGGAAGAUGCCAACGUUUCUCUGACACAUUUCUACGAAAAAGAAGCAAACAUUUCCUCUAAAUUUGAAGAUGAAGUCAAGGUUUCCCCAACUUUUGUCGAUGCGGAGGACACCGAUGUUGAACUGACCCUUUCCUAUGACCAAGAAGCCAACAUUUCCAAAACUUUCGAGGAGGAAACCAACAUUUCCUCUAAGCUUGAGGAUGACAUUAAUGUUCCCCCAACUCUUGUCGAUGCAGAGGACACUGAUGUUGAAAUGACCGUUUCCUACGACACAGGAGAUGACAUUUCCCAAACUACUGAGGAAGACGCUAGCAUUUCCUCAAAGCUUGAAGAGGAAGCUUCUGUCUCCUCAACCCCUGAGGAAUUUACCAUCAUUCCUCUCAAUUCUCAAACAUCUACGUGGGCUCUGCUGACCACCACAACCGGACCCCAAGAGUCUCUAAACGAACUUGAGUACAGCCAAGAAACCUCCUCCACAGCAGCUACAGACUCCUCCCUGACUACGACGUCCACUGCUGCUGACGUAAAGACGACCACCACGCCCAUCACCACCACCACCACCACCACACACUGGUCCAGACGCACCUGGAGCCCCACCACCACCACGCCCAGGGUUUUCCACAAGACGGCCGAGCCACAGAAGGUGACACAUGUCAUACCGCCAGUGGGCCGCGGUCUGGCGGAUGUUGAGAUUAGCCUCACACAGCCGCCCACCUUGCUUAUCUUGCCCAAUGAGAGGGCAGCUGUAGGCGGUGCAGGGAAAUCUUCAGAUCCCUGUUUGGAUGACCCCUGUCGUAACGGGGGCACCUGUACCGACCAAGGUGGGCAGGUUAAAUGUCUCUGUCUGCCAACAUACGGAGGAAACUUCUGUCAGAUUGAUCUGGAGCGAUGUGAGCCGGGCUGGGAUAAGUUCCAGGGUUUCUGCUAUCAACACUUCAGCCAGCGCCUGAGCUGGGAGGUCGCGGAGCAGCAGUGUCGCACGAUGGGAGCCCAUCUGGUGUCCAUCAUGACCCCCGAGGAGCAGAAUUACAUCAACAACAACUACAAAGAGUAUCAGUGGACCGGUUUGAAUGAUAAAACCGUUGAGGAUGAUUUCCACUGGUCUGAUGGCAACCCACUGCUAUAUGAGAACUGGUACAGGGGACAGCCAGACAGCUAUUUCCUCUCUGGGGAAGACUGCGUGGUGAUGGUGUGGCACGACAACGGGCGCUGGAGCGACGUACCCUGCAACUACCACCUCGCGUACACCUGCAAGAAAGGCACCUCUUUCUGCGGACCACCGCCGAAGGUCCGAAACACGUCCAUAUUUGGAAAAGCUCGACAGAGGUAUGAGACCCAUGCAGUCAUACGUUACCGCUGUGCAGAGGGUUUCCAGCAAAGGCUAAAGCCUCUGAUCAGGUGUCUGCCUGAAGGCAGGUGGGAGAGGCCGCAGAUCCUGUGCAUCCCUGAGGCUGGAGGUCUGACAUUGCCCCUUGGAGACACGUCACUGGCUGACAGCCACUACGCUGCAGCUGAAGAUGAGUUUGAGGCCACUACAGAGACGCCGCAGUACUGGGACAUCAAGUUUUAAAAGUCAAAAGUCAUUCUUAAACUCUGUAACAUGACACGUCAAGAAUCGAGUGCUUUUUUUUUAUAUAUAAAGAUACAAACUGAAGCUUCCUAUCAGCCAAUGAGAACAAGAGCACAGACAGGAAGUAAAAUAUUCCUGUUUCUUAUCCUUUAAAAUGUUUCUAAUGAAUUUGAUGAUUUGAAACCGUUCUGUGGAAUAGAAAAGAAACAUUUAAACAAUAUGUUUUUGUGGUUUUUGUUACACCAAGAACCUUUUUUUUUAACAAAAUGGUGCUAAAGUCUUCAAGACACUUUCCAAGUGUUUUGUUUUGUAUUGCAACAUGUUUCUAUUUUGCAAAAGAAACCUACAGCUCCAAAGUAAGUCAGCCCUUGACCAAUGGUACCCUACAGCACAUAGUUAGUCUUCACACAUUUUUCAAAGAGAAGAAUCCUUUGAUUUCCAGCAGACACCGUUUUGUUCGUCAGCUUUAUGUUGUAAUAAAGUUUUGCAGAACAGAGCAAAGAAUAAAUCGUUCUCUUGUUUUACCCUCA